AUGAAGUUCGGCACACUCACCAAACAGAAGCGCGUCGGAGCUGCCGACAGCACAAGUGGCCGGGGCUUGGCCAGAUGGGAGGCCAUGGUGGUCGAACAGCAAUCGCCCGCCUCUUCAACAUCGUCUUCCACACGAUCACUGCGACGUGCCGGCCAACGGGGCCAGCGGCGUUGGUUCGCCGACCAGGCCGACCCGCACAUAAAGCGCUAUCGGGCCACGGCCCAGCUGAACGCCCUGGUGGCCACCUUCCCGAUGCUCAACCCGCUCAUCUGCUCCGACGAAGAUGAAUCUUCGGAGUGGAGCGAUCUCUCCCACUAG